UAAAGGAAGGCCAACCAAAAUAAGCGCGCUCAGUCUAUGCGUUCUAAUCUGAACGUGGUGGAGCUAUGAGAAGAUAAGUGCCAUUGGAUUGUAUUCGUCUGUGCCAUAGCUUUUGGAGAGAGACAAGCCAACUAAAGUAACCUUCUAAUAAUAAUCUUAUUAUAAUACUUCGACUAGUUUUAUUUUACGCAAGUAUAGUGUAUUUUACGCAAGUGUUAUAUGGUGAUGACCUGAUUCCUGUUUGGAUUCAUCUGGAUUGAUCGGAUAUUAGUGGCUAUUAUUAUUGAUUUAUCAUUAUUAUUGAUUUAUCAUUACUAUUUCUAUUUCCAUUAAACAUAAUUUUUAACUCCAAUUUGCAACACCAUAAUUGUCUACUACGGUUUCCAAGCGGAAUGAGCCUGUUUUGCACCUCUUGAGGAUACAAGGAGUCUGGAUUCAUGUUCAGAAAAUGAAGUUUAAGUUUUUUACCGUGGGCUCUAUACUACCACCUCUAGCCUAUAACUCUGUCGGCAGUUGAUAUUGCCAAUUGAAAACGUGAUGCUGUUGCCUAUUGUUGUUCACUGACGGUUGAAAUAUUAUAAUUGUAUCUCCAUGUGAAACAUUCUCGAAUGUGGAUCACUGCAAACGAUGUAUACCGAGGUGGCUAAUUUAAACUUCAGCUCUAAUGGAAGCAUCGAGGAUCCACUGAGCUCUCUGGAUCAAGAAUGGAACGAGCCCCCGGCGAAAAGACUGUCUCGGACCGGACACCAUGUGAUGUCCGUCUUCCUUGGAUCUAUUAUGGUUUUUGGUUUCAUCAAUAACCUGGUGGUAUUGAUCCUGUUUAUUAAGUUCAAAACUCUGCGGACUCCUGUGAACAUGCUUUUGCUGAACAUCAGCGUGAGUGACAUGCUGGUGUGCCUCUGUGGCACCACGCUCAGCUUUGCAUCCAGUCUACAGGCACGCUGGCUGUACGGGAAGCACGGGUGCAUGUGGUACGGCUUCGCCAACUCUUGUUUCGGAAUUGUGUCGCUAAUCUCGCUGGCCUUCCUCUCCUAUGACCGCUACAGCACCUUAACCGUGUACAACAAGCAAGCCCCCGACUACCGUAAGCCUCUGCUGGCCGUGGCGGGCUCCUGGCUCUACUCCCUGUUCUGGACAGUGCCCCCCCUGCUGGGCUGGAGUAGUUACGGCCUAGAGGGGGCCGGUACCAGCUGCUCGGUCACCUGGACAUCCCAGACGCCCCAGUCUCACUCCUACAUCAUCUGCCUGUUCAUCUUCUGUCUGGGUCUGCCUGUGCUGGUCAUGGUCUACUGCUACGGGAGGCUGCUCUACGCUGUCAAACAGGUGGGGAGGAUCCGUAAGUCGGCGGCGCGGCGGAGAGAGUUCCACAUCCUGUUCAUGGUGAUCACCACAGUGGUGUGUUACCUGCUGUGCUGGAUGCCCUACGGCGUGAUCGCCAUGAUGGCCACCUUUGGACACCCGGGCCUUAUCACCCCCAUCGUGACUGUGGUGCCCUCCAUCAUGGCUAAGAGUAGCACCGUCAUCAACCCCCUCAUCUAUAUACUCAUGAACAAACAGUUCUACAGGUGUUUCCUGAUCCUGUUCCACUGCAAGCGGCCCAGUUCUGAGAACGGCGUCUCUUCCAUGCCCUCCAAGACCACCGUCAUCCAGCUCAACCGCCGGGGCCACAGUAACAACGUAGCCCUCACACCCCAGCUCUCCACCGGCGCCAACCACCAUAACCACAACCACACGGUGGAGUGCAGCACUAACAACCGUGAAGUCACCACCCCCGUCUCCGAACAGACCAGCCCAGACCCCAACCAAGAGAUCACCUCCUGUGGACAGCCGCGUACCCCCCGAAGCCCCUCUCAACCCACCCCCCCUUUCCCCCAUGUGACAAACGCUAUCCAGUGAUCACCACCGAGAACUCUAGAGGAUAUGGUGUUAUCCCUGGCAUUUGUCAUGUGGUGUCGCCCAAAAACUCAGUCUACACAGUAUAUCAUGUGGCAUCACCCAACAACUCCCCAUAGUGAUUUGUCAUCAUGAGAACGCCUCAACAACAGACUACCCAUAAAUGAUCCAUAAAUGAUCCAUCACGACGUUGUGUCACCAGAGAACUCUUCUAAACACACAGUCAGUGAUCUAAUCCACAACGUUACCCAGACAGAGAACUAUCAAUAUCUUCUACGAACAAAGUGAUCUAUUCCACGUCAUCACCCCAGAAACUACACGGUAUCUUAUAGAACAGGGGACCCCAGCUGGCGGCCUGCGGGUGGAUUUAUUUGGCCCCCCAAGUUCAUGGCAAAUAUAAAUAAUAAUAUAUUUUUUUUUUUGUGUGGUAUUUUUGUCGUUGGAUAUGAGACUGUAAGAACAUGAAAUCAACGGAAAUGGAUUUUAAGUUUGGAAACCUGUUUAGAAAUGAUUAUGCUUUAGUAAACGUUAUAUCUGUUUGGACUUCUUGCUGUCAGUUGGCAGUAAUUAUGUUCUGGCCCCCCGACCAUCCGUGCAUCGGCCCGCAGCUGAAUCUAGUUGAUGAUCCAUGUUAUAGAAGGUGUGUCAACCGCCCCAACCCAUAGAGAUGGUCAACUGUUACUUUGUCACUCAGUAAAGGUGUAGAUAUAAAUUCCUGUCAAGUCUUGCCGUGAGAAAACGCAACAGUGUGGUGUUGUUUACUUAAAAACAAAACGUGUAUUUUUCCUCAACUUCCGUUAUCAUAUUGUUACAUGUGUUACGUCGAUAGACACCAGAGUUGUAUUAAGACUGCAGUGGCUUUAGUGUUGUCAUUACUGUUACAGUUCAAAAAAGUAUUUUGUCAUAACUGUUACAGUGUGCUGUCAUAUAACAGCAAUAACAGACAGUCCAUCUAUUCAUUUGUUCUAAAGCAGCUAUGUGAAUGAUGCCGGUGAAGCUGAAUGCUUUGUACCUCAUCUGUGAGAUCAAAUCACCUCGGGCCUCAUUUGUUUGCUCAGUUUUUAUUCUACAUUUCAGCAUACCAUUAGUUCUUGAAACAAUAGG